AUGGAGGAUCUCCGUCGCAUAUAUCUCUUUGGAGAUCAGACAAUCAGUUGUGACGAAGGCCUCCGCAACCUAUUGCAGGCGAAGAACCAUACUAUCGUCGCCUCGUUCAUCGAAAGAUGCUUCCACGCACUGCGCCAGGAAAUCACCAGGCUGCCGCCUUCUCAGCGCACACUCUUCCCGCGAUUCACCAGCAUCGCCGACUUGCUUGCUCGGCAUCGUGAGUCAGGGACAAACCCUGCGCUGGGGAGUGCGUUGACCUGUAUCUAUCAACUGGGAUGUUUCAUCGAUUACCACGGUGAUCGUGGACAUCCAUAUCCUUCCUCGGAUGACGGCCUUCUGGGUUCAUGUACGGGUAUGCUGAGUUGCGCCGCUGUCAGCUCGUGCAAGAAUGUCGGAGAACUACUGCCGCUGGCAGUCGAGGUUGUCAAAUUGACUAUUCACCUCGGGCUUUGUGUCAUGAGAGUCCGAGAAAUGGUGGACUCGUCUGAGUCAUCCUCCGGCAGCUGGUCGAUCCUCGUUUCUGAGAUUAAUGAGGCAGAUGCCGCCAACUUGAUUAGCAGUUUCGCUAAGAAGCGAGUAAGUACAGCGUACAACCGUUGGAAGAAAAUACUGACAUACCAGGGAAUUACCCCCUCGUCGCAACCAUACAUCAGCGCAGUUGGAUCGAAAGGUCUCACCAUUAGCGCACCACCCGACAUUCUCGACAAGUUCAUCGAAGAAGGUCUUCCGAAGGAGUACAAACACUUCAAGGCUCCUGGGGUCAGCGGCCCGUACCACGCGCCGCAUCUGUACAAUGAUCGAGAGAUUCGCGAGAUCCUCAGCUUCUGCUCCGACGACGUAAUUUCGCGCCACACGCCACGGGUUCCAUUGGUCUCGAGCAACACAGGGAAGCUGGUCCAGGUGAAGAGCAUGCGUGAUCUGUUGAAGGUAGCUCUGGAGGAAAUCCUCUUGCGCAAGAUCUGCUGGGACAAAGUCACAGAGUCUUGCCUUUCCAUCGUUCACGCUGCCAACGACAAGCCCUGGAGGAUUCUCCCUAUCGCCAGCAACGCCACGCAAGGCUUGGUUACUGCCCUUCAGCGUAUGGGCAACUGCCAGGUCGAGGUAGACACCGGUGUCGGCGCUCCUCAAAUGGACCCGGCCGCUCCGAAUGCUACGGGCAACGCAUCACGGUCUAAGAUCGCCAUUAUCGGAAUGUCGGGACGUUUCCCCGAGGCAGAUGGCGUCGAAGCCUUUUGGGACUUGUUGUACAAAGGUCUGGACGUUCACAAAAAGGUCCCGCCUGAGCGAUGGGAUGUCGACGCCCACGUGGACGUGACCGGUACAAAGCGGAACACCAGCAAAGUCCCAUACGGUUGUUGGAUUAACGAGCCCGGUCUAUUUGAUGCCCGUUUCUUCAACAUGUCUCCACGAGAGGCACUUCAGGCAGACCCUGCACAGCGACUGGCGCUGUUAUCGGCUUACGAGGCCCUAGAAAUGGCAGGCUUUGUUCCGAACAGCAGCCCGUCAACUCAGAGAGACCGCGUCGGCAUCUUCAUGGGUAUGACCAGUGAUGAUUAUCGUGAGAUCAACAGCGGCCAGGACAUUGAUACUUACUUCAUUCCUGGCGGCAACCGAGCAUUCACCCCCGGUCGAAUCAACUACUACUUCAAGUUCAGUGGCCCUAGUGUAAGUGUUGAUACCGCCUGCUCGUCCAGUCUUGCUGCCAUCCACUUGGCCUGCAACGCCAUCUGGAGGAAUGAUUGCGACACCGCCAUCAGUGGUGGAGUGAAUCUCCUCACUAACCCUGACAACCAUGCCGGUCUGGAUCGUGGCCACUUCCUGUCUCGGACAGGCAACUGCAACACCUUUGAUGACGGCGCGGAUGGCUACUGCCGGGCUGACGGGGUGGGCACGAUCGUCCUGAAGCGUUUGGAGGAUGCCGAGGCUGACAAUGAUCCCAUUCUGGGAAUCAUCAACGCCGCCUACACCAAUCACUCGGCCGAAGCCGUCUCCAUUACCCGUCCUCAUGUCGGCGCCCAGGCGUUCAUCUUCAACAAGCUCCUCAACGACACCAACACCAACCCACACGAGGUCGGCUACGUGGAAAUGCACGGAACCGGUACUCAGGCGGGUGACGCCGUCGAAAUGCAGUCCGUCCUGGAUGUCUUUGCACCCGACUACCGCCGCGGCCCGGCCAAUUCCCUUUACCUUGGUUCCGCCAAGUCGAACAUCGGGCACGGAGAAUCAGCUUCAGGAGUGACAUCCCUGGUCAAGGUGUUGUUGAUGUUGAAGCAGAAUAUGAUCCCGCCGCACUGUGGAAUCAAAACAAAGAUCAACCACAACUUCCCCACGGAUUUGGCCCAGCGCAAUGUUCAUAUUGCCUUCAAGCCAACCCCCUGGAACAGACCAGUAUCAGGCAAGCGGAAGAUGUUCAUCAACAACUUCUCUGCUGCGGGCGGUAACACCGCUCUUCUGAUGGAAGAUGCUCCCCUGCGUGAGAUCACAGGGCAGGAUCCCCGAAAUGUGCAUGUGGUGUCUGUGACGGCACGAUCCCAGACUGCGCUGAAGCGUAACAUCAACGCCUUGAUCAAGUACAUCAACACGCAUGCGCCCUCGUCGCCGGCGAAUGAGCGACGGUUCCUGGCCAGUCUGGCUUAUACCACCACUGCGCGUCGCAUGCAUCACCCAUUCAGGGUCACCGCUGUCGGAUCGAGUGUGAAAGAUAUCCGUGAUGCCCUGCGUCAACGUGCCGAUCAGGAUGUCACAACUCCCGUGCCCGCCACAGCCCCCAAGACUGGGUUCAUCUUCACCGGCCAGGGAGCUCAGUACACUGGAAUGGGCAAGCAGUUGUACGAGGAUUGUGUCGCAUUCAGAAGCACGAUUCACCGACUCGAUUGCAUUGCUCAAAGCCAGGGGUUGCCCUCUAUUCUCCCCUUGAUUGACGGUAGUGUACCCGUGGAAGAACUGAGCCCUGUCGUGACGCAGCUGGGAACCACAUGCCUCCAAAUGGCUCUGGUCAACUACUGGAAGGGACUUGGUGUCACUCCUGCGUUUGUUCUGGGUCACAGCCUGGGAGAUUACGCAGCGUUGAACACUGCUGGUGUCUUGUCUACCAGUGACACGAUUUACCUCUGUGGCCGUCGCGCUCAGCUUCUCACGGAGCAGUGUCAGAUGGGGACCCACGCCAUGCUUGCCGUCAAGGCUGCCGUCUCCGAGAUUCAACAUCUGCUUGAUCCCGAGGCUCAUGCCGUCGCCUGCAUCAACGGUCCCACCGAGACUGUCAUCAGCGGGCUCAGCGGCCGAAUCGAUGAGUUGGCACAGCAGUGCUCCAGCCAGAAUCUCAAGUCCACCAAACUCAAAGUGCCGUUCGCGUUCCACUCGGCCCAAGUGGACCCGAUUCUCGAAUCGUUCGAAGAGAGCGCCCAGGGAGUUGUUUUCCACAAGCCUGCCGUCCCAUUCGUCUCGGCUCUGAACGGAGAGGUCAUCACGGAGUCGAACUAUAACUUGCUGGGCCCGAAGUAUAUGGUGAAGCAUUGUCGGGAAGCCGUCAAUUUCCUUGGUGCUCUUGAGGCCACUCGGCACGCCAAGUUGAUGAAUGACGCCACACUGUGGGUCGAAGUGGGAUCGCAUCCCAUCUGCUCGGGAAUGAUCAAGUCCACCUUUGGUCCGCAGGCGACUACCGUUCCUUCCCUCCGCCGCGACGACGAUCCAUGGAAGAUCCUCUCCAACAGUCUCUCGACGUUGCACCUUGCAGGCGUCGAGCUCACCUGGAAGGAAUUCCACCAGGACUUCAGCUCGGCUCACGAGGUUCUCGAGUUGCCCCGGUACGGAUGGGACCUGAAGAAUUACUGGAUCCCUUACACGAACAACUUCUGCCUUACCAAGGGGGCUCCCGUUACCGCGGAGGUAUCGGCGCCCAAGUCUACCUUCCUCACGACUGCGGCGCAAAAGAUUGUGGAAUGCCGUGAGGAAGGAAGCACGGCGACAUUGGUGAUUGAGAAUAAUAUUGCGGAUCCAGAACUCAACCGUGUUAUCCAAGGCCACAAGGUCAACGGAGUGGCUCUAACGCCAUCGUCUCUCUACGCAGAUAUUGCGCAAACGCUCGUCGACCACUUGAUCACCAAAUACAAACCAGAGUACCAGGGCCUGGGUCUGGAUGUCUGCGACAUGACGGUGCCUAAACCUCUCAUUGCCAAGUCCGGGGAUCAAUUCUUCAGAGUCUCGGCGGUGAUGAGCUGGGCCGAGCAGAAGGCGAGCGUACAAGUCUGGUCUGUGAACGCAGACGGCAAGAAAACGGUCGAGCACGCCAACUGCACAGUCAAGCUUUUCAACUGCGCGGAGCGGGAAACGGAGUGGAAGAGAAUCUCCUACCUGAUCAAGCGAAGCGUGUCUCUCCUGCAGGACAAGGCUCAGACCGGGGAGGCUCACCGCAUGCAGCGAGGAAUGGUGUACAAGCUGUUUGCUGCUCUGGUGGACUAUGACGAAAACUUCAAGGCCAUCCAGGAAGUCAUCCUGGAUAGCAAUCAGCACGAAGCCACGGCGCGAGUCAAGUUCACAGCCCCUGCGGGCAACUUCCAUCGCAACCCCUUCUGGAUCGACAGUUUCGGCCAUCUGUCUGGGUUCAUCAUGAAUGCCAGCGAUGCGACCGACUCCAAGAACCAGGUAUUCGUCAACCACGGAUGGGACUCCAUGCGCUGCCUGAAGAGGUUCUCCGGCGACAACACUUACCAGACCUAUGUAAAGAUGCAGCCGUGGAAGGACUCCAUCUGGGCGGGUGACGUCUAUGUCUUUGAGGGGGAUGACAUUAUCGCUGUGUACGGGGGUGUUAAGUUCCAAGCGUUAGCUCGAAAGAUCCUGGAUACGGUUCUUCCGCCAGUCGGAGGGCCCAAGACAGCCAGUGCGCCGGUGCCAGCCAAGCCUAUUGCGGAGAAGAAAGCUCCUCCCCCUAUCAAGGUCACUGGUCCUCCCAAGCCCAACCCAAGCAACGCACGUGCUGCAUCACCAGUGGUUGCACGGGCAUUGGAGAUCCUGGCUGCAGAGGUUGGCCUGUCCGAAGCAGAAAUGACCGACAGUCUCAAUUUUGCCGACUACGGAGUCGACUCGCUGCUCUCCUUGACGGUGACCGGUAGGUAUCGUGAAGAACUGAACCUCGACCUUGAAUCGUCCGUGUUCAUGGAUUACCCAACCAUCAAGGAUUUCAAGGCAUACCUGGCUGAGAAGGGCUUCUGCGACAGCAGCAGUCCCGAGCCGUCCAGCGAGCCCGAGUCCAAGUUCUCUUUCAACAGCGACGCAUCAUCGGAAUCUUCCAGCGGACUUACCACUCCUGGGAUUCCCUCUCCUGUGAAGCAAGUGGCGCCCAAGGAUGGACAAAACAAGGUUUGGAAUAGCAUCUGCAGUAUCAUCGCCGAGGAGAUCGGGGUAUCGGUCGGAGACAUUGAUCCCACCGACAGCUUGCCAGAAAUGGGCAUGGACUCUCUGCUGUCCCUGACCGUGCUCGGUCGGAUCCGAGAGACACUCGACAUCGACCUGCCUUCAGAGUUCUUCCUCGAGAACCCGACACUGAACGCGGUCCAAGCUGCGCUGGACUUGAAGCCGAAGAUGGUGCCUGCGUCUACGCCUGUCUCAGAACCCAUCAGGCGUCUCGAGACGAUCAACAACAAGAAGCCGAAGGCCACUCAGCAUCCUCCGGCGACCUCGAUCCUUCUUCAGGGCAACCCCCGCACCGCCACCAAAAAGCUCUUCAUGUUCCCCGACGGUUCUGGCUCCGCCUCCUCCUACGCGACGAUUCCGGCCCUCUCCCCCGAUGUCUGUGUCUACGGCCUUAACUGCCCUUACAUGAAGACACCUCAGAAUCUCACGUGCAGUCUCGACGAACUGACCGAGCCAUAUCUCGCUGAGAUCCGCCGUCGUCAGCCCAAGGGGCCCUACAGCUUUGGUGGUUGGUCGGCCGGUGGUAUCUGCGCCUUUGACGCAGCCCGUCAGCUGAUCCUCGAGGAAGGGGAGGAGGUGGAGCGAUUGCUUCUGCUCGACUCGCCCUUCCCCAUCGGUCUGGAGAAGUUGCCCCCUCGUCUGUACAAGUUCUUCAACUCGAUCGGGCUCUUUGGCGACGGGAAGCGGGCGCCUCCCGACUGGCUCCUACCCCACUUCCUUGCCUUCAUCGACUCGCUCGAUGCCUACAAAGCGGUUCCUCUGCCGUUCAACGACAACAAAUGGGCCAAGAAGAUGCCCAAGACCUACCUGAUCUGGGCCAAGGACGGGGUCUGCGGCAAGCCGGGCGAUCCCCGGCCGGAGCCUGCAGAGGAUGGGUCCGAGGACCCCCGCGAAAUGAAGUGGCUCCUCAACGACCGCACGGAUCUGGGGCCAAAUAAAUGGGAUACGCUGGUCGGGCCGCAAAACAUUGGCGGAAUCCAUGUGAUGGAGGAAGCGAAUCAUUUCACCAUGACGACGGGACAGAAGGCGAAGGAGUUGUCAGAAUUCAUGGCCAAGGCCAUGAGUUCCUAG